AUGAUAUCUCCGACACCAGUACAAAUUAUGACCACUCAGCCACUGAAUCAAACGGAAUCAGCAACGGAUACAGCAGAAUUAUCUACUGUGACUUCAUCAUCACCAUUAUCAACUGAAACCGAUCCACGUUUAAUUGAUAAACCCGAAUAUUUAUCCCAAUUACUGAAAGAUAAACGACAACUAGCCGUCUUGCCUAGUAAUUUAUUCAUUCAUAUGGAACGUUUACUCGAUCAAGAGAUCAAUAAAGUUCGCAUGAAUUUAUACAGUUCAAAUUGUCCACCACAACUCAGUCUACCUGAGAUUACCGGCGAACGGAAAAUCUUCCAGGAAAAGAUCUACAUUCCUGUCCAACAAUAUCCCGAUUUUAAUUUUGUCGGACGUCUUUUGGGACCGCGAGGAAUGACAUCGAAACAAUUGGAAGCACAAACAGAUUGUAAAAUCAUGAUCCGUGGUCGAGGAUCUAUGCGAGACAAACAAAAAGAAGAACUUCAUCGUGGUAAACCCAGCUGGGAACAUUUGGAUGACGAUCUCCAUGUUUUAAUCCAAUGUGAAGAUUAUGAAAAUCGCGCUAAGAUGAAACUCGAACGAGCGAAAGAAGAAAUCAACAAAUUAUUAAUCCCAUCGACAGACGGUGAUGAUUAUAUCAAAAAGAAACAAUUAGCCGAAUUAGCCAUUAUCAACGGAACAUACCGUGAUUCGAACUUCCUAGCCAAAAGAACGCUGUACACCGACAAUCAGAUACCAAUCGGCGCCCCCUUAAUUAUCACACCACACAUUUCGCAAGCUUUUCUUUCAGAAUCUUUUCCAUCGACGAUGACCCCAAAUUUAUUUACACCAACGCAUACACCGCCAAUAUCUCAAACAUCAUUCAUUUCAAAUCAGGACCCGAAUUUGGUUCAAAUCUUAGCGCCACUGCCGACCUUUGAUCCUCUAGGAGCAAGUUUUGUUACCAAUGGAACACAUUUAGUUGAGUAUCCCAAUCAAUCGACAUAUCCGGUAUUUACGACGCCAACAUCAACGACAGGUAUAUCUCCUCGCUCUAUGGUAAACAAUCCUUCGCGACAUGCAACAUCGUCGACGAGUGCCAGUCUUUCUGCUCGAUAUCAACCAUAUACGAUUCAAUCACCUCAUAUAAAACGUCCUUGA